UCCAUAUGACACUUACUUUGAUCACUUCCCCUUCUUUUCACUCUCACACACAAUAAAAUAAUUCUUCUUUUUGCUAAAACUUUACCACUCACUUUUCUUCAUGGCCCUCUUUGUAGUUGCUAUCUUAAUCUUAAUGACAUCCUCAAGUAAUGCCUAUUGGCCACCUUCACCUGGUUACUGGCCAAGUUCCAAGUUCAAGUCUAUGAGCUUUUACAGAGGUUUUACAAACCUGUGGGGCCCUCAACACCAAAGACUAGAACAAAAUGCAUUAACAAUUUGGCUUGAUAGAACCUCAGGAAGUGGUUUCAAAUCGGUUCGUCCAUUUCGAUCUGGUUACUUUGGUGCUUCCAUUAAGCUUCAACCUGGAUAUACUGCAGGAGUUAUAACAGCUUUCUAUUUAUCAAACAAUGAAGCACAUCCUGGUUACCAUGAUGAAGUGGACAUUGAGUUUCUAGGGACAACAUUUGGAAAACCUUAUACUUUGCAGACCAAUGUUUAUAUAAGAGGGAGUGGAGAUGGGAAAAUUAUAGGCAGAGAGAUGAAGUUUCAUCUAUGGUUUGAUCCUACCAAAGGUUUUCAUCACUAUGCUAUACUAUGGAGUCCUAAGGAAAUAAUAUUCCUAGUGGAUGAUGUGCCUAUAAGGAGGUACCCGAGGAAGAGCGACACAACAUUUCCUAUUAGACCAAUGUGGCUUUAUGGUUCAAUAUGGGAUGCUUCAUCAUGGGCAACAGAAGAUGGAAAAUACAAAGCUGAUUACAAAUAUCAACCUUUUGUGGCAAAGUAUACAAAUUUCAAAGCUAGUGGUUGCACAGCCUAUGCUCCUCGUUGGUGUCAUCCAGUUUCAGCCUCACCAUAUGGUUCUGGUGGAUUAAACUCACAACAAUAUAAUGCAAUGAGGUGGGUGCAAAGAUACCAUAUGGUUUAUAAUUAUUGUCAAGACCCCAAAAGAGAUCAUAGAUUAACACCUGAGUGUUGGGGUUAAAGAUAAAAAAAUUAUCAAAAUUGUGGGCCAAGAGAAAACACUGUUCUCUUGUGAUCUAAUUUGUUUGUUUGUUUGAGAAAAGUUUUCUUUUUCAUUGUGGGGGUGACUUGAAAUGGGUCCACUAUGACUUGAGUGUCCAAGGGUCUAAGUACACGAGAAAAUUUGGAAGAUUGUGUGUGUGUGUUUAUUUUUUGUCUUUGUCACAUCUUUUCUAUUUGGUGUAAACCAAAUGGAAAAAAUAGAAGAGGGAGAGAAAGGAAUAAUGUUUGUCAAUGUCCAAGAAAAGCAAAGUGGACAAUUAUUAUGUAACGGUUGGUAAAUGUGGCACUGUUGGUUGAGUGCGAAUAUUAUAAGUAUACUCCUCACUUUAUAA